AAAACCCCUGGUCUCUGUGGAUUUGGACAAGUGAUAUUAAGAAUGCAGGGACAGAUGCCACCAUCUUCUUCCAGAUUUAUGGAGACAAGGGGAAGUCAGAUGAGAUGAAGCUGGACAACAAUUCAGACAACUUUGAAACUGGACAGACUGACAAGUUCAUGAUCGAGCUCCCUGAUCUGGGUACAUUUUAUAAGCUUCGGAUAUGGCAUGAGAAAAGAAAUCCCUUUGCUGGCUGGCAUCUGAAUAAGGUAACUCUGCUGAAAACGCUGACAAAAGAAAAAUACUCGUUCAACUGUGGCCGCUGGCUAGAUAUAAAUGAAGAUGACAAUGAGAUCGUGCGGGAGCUCCCUGCGGAGGGAUCUCUAGUGACUGAAGUCAUGCCAGUAAUAAAAUACCGGGUGACAGUUUGCACUGGGACGGUAAGUGGGAGCGGCACAGAUGCCAAUGUCUUUGUCUGCCUCAUUGGUGACCAGGGAGACACGGGAGAACGCAUUCUCUACAACUGCAUCAACACUGUCAAUAAAUUUGAAAAAGGCAAUGCUGAUGAAUUCUUCGUUGAAGCAGUAACGCUGAAGCAGGUGAGGAGGGUGAGGAUAGGGCAUGAUGGCAAAGGAGGAAGCAGUGGCUGGUACCUUGCCAAAGUGAUAGUGAGGGAAGAAGGACAGCCAGAAAGUGAGGCUGUGGAAUUCCCCUGCUACAGAUGGCUUGACAAAAAUGAGGAUGAUGGUCAGAUUGUCCGAGAGUUAGUGCCUGCUGGGGAGUCACCAAUGCUAAAAAACGUCAGUUAUCAUAUCAGUGUGAAGACAGGAGAUAUCCCCGGUGCCAGCUCAGACUCCAAAGUUUUCAUCAAACUUUAUGGCGAAAAAGCAGACUCCAGCAAAGAGCCUCUCUUGGUCUCUGAUAAUGAUCUAGGCAAUUAUUUUGAACGUGGUCGAGUGGAUGAGUUUACUCUAGAUACGAUGGAUAUUGGGAAGAUCAACCGAAUACUGAUUGGACACGAUAACGUGGGUCUCCGGUCUGGCUGGUUCCUGGCCAGUGUCCAGAUCACGGUUCCAGUCCAGGGAAGGCAAUACAUGUUCCCCUGCAACCGAUGGCUCGACAAAGAUGAGGCUGAUGGCAGAGUGGAGGUGGAGGUCUACCCAAGUGAGAUUGUGCCUAUUGAGAAAUUGAUAAACUACGAGGUGUCUGUAGUUACUGGAGACAUGCGGGCCGCAGGCACCAAUGCCAAAGUCUUCAUGCAGAUUUAUGGAGAGACAGGCAAAACCGAACUGAUCAUCUUAGAAAACAGAUCAAACAACUUUGAACGGGGAGCCACAGAUAUCUUCAAGAGAGAGGCUGCAGAUGUUGGCAAGAUUUAUAAGAUUCGGAUAGGCCAUGACGGGAAAGGCAUUGGGGAUGGCUGGUUCCUGGAAAGCGUCACACUGAAGCGGCUUGCCACGAAGAUGACAGAGUCUGAUAAAAAGAAGAAGAAGAAAAAGAAAAAGUCUGAGGAGGAGGAAGAAGAGGAGACCAAGGUGGAAGAAGUAAUGGAUGUCUACACGUUUGUGGCACACCGCUGGUUGGCUAAAGAUGAAGGAGAUAAGGAGCUUGUUGUGGAGCUGGUACCUGAUGGAGAAUCUGCUCUGGAGGAGAAUACGUACGAAGUCCAUGUUCUCACUGGGAAUGUGUGGGGGGCUGGGACAGAUGCUAAUGUCUUCUUGAGCAUCUAUGGCGUAGGAAGAGGAGACACGGGUGAGCGCCAGCUGAAAAGGUCCAAUAACCUCAACAAGUUUGAAAAGGGCCAGGUAGAUGUGUUCACCAUCAAAGCCAUUGACCUGGGUGAGCUGAAGAAGCUGCGGAUUCGCCAUGAUAACUCUGGUGCUAGCCCAAGCUGGUUCCUGGAGAGGGUAGAGAUUGUUGACCUCAAGGAGAGCACCACGUAUUAUUUUCCAUGCCAGCGGUGGUUAGCAGUUGAGGAAGAUGACGGUCAGAUUGUCAGGGAGCUGGUCCCAGUGGAUGAAGCAUUUGUAAAGAAAGAUUCGGAAAAUGAUGGCCAGUCUCUUGCAACGCUGGGCCUGGAGCAGAAAGCUAAAUCAACAACAUACACCGUGAAAGUGAAAACCGGGGACAAGAAGAAUGCUGGGACAGAUGCCAAUGUCUUCAUCACUCUCUAUGGAAGUAGAGACGAUACAGGGACAGUCAGCCUAAAGGCCUCAAAGAUUAACAAGAACAAGUUUGAGCGUGGGAAGGUAGAUGAGUUUACAGUGGAGUCUGUGGACAUUGGAGACCUGAAAAAAAUCAAGAUAGGCCAUGACAAUAAAGGUAAUUCAACUGGCUGGUUUCUGGAAUGGGUGGAGAUUGACGCCCCAUCACUGGGACAGUGCCUCAAGUUCCCUUGUGGACGCUGGCUGGAUAAAUCAGAGGAUGAUGGAGCCAUUGAGAGAAUUAUCUUCCCUGCAGAACUGCAGACAACAGAAUAUAUCCCAUUUGUUCCUUAUGAGAUCACAGUCUACACCAGCGACAUCUUUGGAGCUGGCACGAGUGCAGAUGUCUUCAUUGUUCUCUAUGGAAGCGAUGGGAUCUGCACUCAACAGAAAUCCCUGUGCCUCAACAAGAGAGAGCAAAGGAUGUAUUUUGAAAGGAACUCAGUGAAUCAGUUCAUUGUGGAGCUGGAGGAUGUUGGUGACGUUAUUGAAAAAAUUCGCAUCGGACACAAAGGUGGAGGACUGAACUCCGGAUGGCAUUUGGACCGCGUGGCAAUUCGGAGACUGUUGCCAAAUGGAAAGGUAGGCUGCGAAUCCCAGCACUCUGCAAUAUGUUUCCAUUAG